AUGAGUGUUCAUGAUGUUGGAGGGAGACGACGCUUUGAGGACUCGGAGUUCACUCUGCGUAUCUACCCCGGGGUCAUUGCUGAGGACACCAUCUACUGCCCUGUCACUGCCCGCAAGAUCACCACAGCAGCUGAAGUCAUAGAGCAGGUAAUUGAUCGGCUACAACUAGACCGCACCAAAUGCUACGUCUUAGCAGAGGUGAAGGAGUUUGGUGGGGAAGAAUGGAUCCUCAAUCCCACAGACUGUCCCGUCCAGCGCAUGAUGUUAUGGCCUCGCAUGGCUCUGGAGAACCGUUUCAGCAGCGAGGACUACCGGUUCCUGCUGCGCGAGAAGAACCUAGACGGCUCCAUCCACUACGGCAACUUGCAGAUGUGGCUUCGUGUAACGGAAGAACGGCGGCGCAUGGUGGAGCGAGGCUUCUUGCCGCAGCCGCAGCAAAAGGACUACAAUGAUCUCUGCAACUUGCCUGACCUCAACGAGAAGACCCUGCUGGACAACUUGCGCACCCGUUUCAAGCAGGAGAAGAUCUAUACCUAUGUGGGCAGCAUCCUUAUAGUCAUCAACCCUUUUAAGUUUUUGCCGAUUUACAAUCCUAAGUAUGUCAAAAUGUAUGAUAACCACCAGCUGGGAAAGCUGGAGCCCCAUAUUUAUGCCGUGGCGGAUGUGGCUUAUCAUGCUAUGCUGCAGCGUAGGAAGAACCAAUGCAUUGUUAUUUCUGGGGAGAGUGGUUCAGGCAAGACCCAGAGCACCAACUUUCUAAUCCACCACCUCACUGCCCUCAGUCAGAAGGGCUUUGCUAGUGGAGUUGAACAGACCAUCUUAGGAGCAGGACCUGUGCUGGAGGCCUUUGGAAAUGCAAAGACUGCUCACAAUAAUAACUCCAGUCGUUUUGGCAAGUUCAUCCAAGUGAACUAUCAAGAGAGUGGCACAGUCAGGGGAGCAUAUGUUGAGAAAUACCUCCUGGAGAAGUCAAGGCUUGUCUACCAGGAGCAUAACGAACGGAACUACCAUGUCUUUUACUACCUGCUGGCAGGAGCAAGUGAGGAGGAGAGGAUGGCGUUUCACCUCAAAAAGCCUGAAGAGUACCAUUACCUCAAUCAGAUGACAAAGAAACCUCACAGACUGCUCUGGGAAAAUUACUAUGAAAAUGAACCGGAUUGCUUCACAGUGGAAGGGGAGGAUCUGAAACAUGACUUUGAGCGGUUGCAGCUGGCUAUGGAAAUGGUGGGGUUCCUGCCCGCGACGCGCAAACAAAUCUUUUCAUUGCUGUCAGCUAUCCUUCAUCUUGGGAACAUCAGAUACAAGAAGAAGACAUACCGAGAUGACUCCAUUGAUAUCUGCAAUCCUGAGGUGCUACCCACUGUGUCAGAGUUACUGGAGGUCAAAGAAGAGAUGCUCUUUGAGGCCCUGACAACUCGAAAGACAGUGACUGUUGGAGAGAGAUUGAUAGUGCCAUACAAACUGGCAGAGGCUGGGACAGUUCGAGACUCUAUGGCCAAAUCCCUUUACAGUGCCCUGUUUGACUGGAUUGUGUUCAGGAUCAACCACGCACUCCUCAACAACAGAGACUUAGAGGAGCCAGCUAAGAUCCUAUCUAUUGGAGUGCUUGACAUCUUCGGUUUUGAAGACUAUGAGAACAACAGCUUUGAACAGUUCUGUAUCAACUUUGCCAAUGAGAGGCUUCAGCACUACUUCAAUCAACACAUUUUUAAGCUGGAACAGGAAGAGUACAGGGCAGAGGGCAUUACCUGGCACAACAUUGAUUAUAUUGACAACACUGGCUGCAUCAACCUCAUCAGCAAGAAGCCCACAGCACUGCUCCACCUACUGGAUGAAGAGUGCAACUUCCCACAGGCCACCAAUCAGACACUGCUGGAUAAGUUCAAGCGACAGCAUGAGGGGAACAUCUACAUCGAGUUCCCUGCAGUUAUGGAGCCUGCUUUCAUCAUCCGCCACUACGCUGGCAAGGUCAAAUACGGUGUCAAGGAUUUUAGAGAGAAGAACACAGACCACAUGAGGCCGGACAUUGUGGCUCUCCUUAAGAGCAGCAAGAAUGCAUUCAUAUGCGGCUUGAUUGGCAUUGACCCGGUAGCCACUUUCCGCUGGGCUGUGCUCAGGGCCUACUUCAGGGCUGUGGUGGCUUUCAGGGAGGCAGGAAAGAGACGUGUGGAGAGGAAGAGCGGGCAUGAUGAUGCUGCUCCAUGUGCAGUUGUGAAAAGUGUGGAUAGUUAUAGCUUUCUGCAUCACCCUGUGCAUCAGAGAAGCUUAGAGAUCCUGCAGAGGUGCAAAGAGGAGAAGUACAGUGUGUCCAGAAAGAAUCCUCGCGCUCCGCUCGCUGAUCUCCACGGCAGUAACACUCUGAACGAACGCUCCUCACGGGAGGGCUGGAACGGCCGGAGGCAAAGCCGUCUGUCCUCCUCUGGCUCCCUCACAGAAGAGGAUGGCAUUUUUGUAAACUCCACCAGCAGCAAGCUUUUGGAGCGAGCCCACGGUAUCCUAAUGAGGAAUAAAAACUACAAGAUGAAACCUAGUCUUCCAAAGCAUUUGCUGGAUGUUAAAUCCAUGAAGUAUUUGAGUAACCUUACGUUACAUGACCGCAUCACUAAAUCACUGCUGCACCUUCACAAAAAGAAAAAACCUCCCAGUAUUAGUGCUCAGUUCCAGGCAUCCCUCAAUAAGCUGAUGGAGACACUAGGCCAAUCUGAGCCCUACUUUGUGAAGUGCAUCCGGUCAAAUGCAGAGAAGCUUCCCUUGCGUUUCAAUGACUGCCUUGUGCUGAGGCAGCUUCGUUACACAGGCAUGUUGGAGACUGUGCGCAUACGACAAUCAGGCUACAGCAUCAAGUAUACGUUUCAGGAUUUUGCUCAUCACUUCCAUGUGCUGUUACCUGAGGGGACCCAUGCAACUCGGGAGGGCAUCAGAAACUAUCUGUGCCAGGUGGACCUGGCUCCUGAUGGCUUCCAAGUGGGCCGCACCAUGGUGUUCAUACGUGAAACAGAGCGCCAGCGACUUCAGGACCUGCUCCAUCAAGAGGUGCUGCGGAGGAUUGUUAACCUGCAGCGACGCUUCAGAGCCCUGCGGGAAAGGAAGAACUUCCUUAGGAUGAGACAGGCUGCUUGCCUAAUCCAGCAUUGGUGGCGGCACUGUCAGCUGAGGCAGAGAGAAGAGGGACUAGAGUAUGACCUCAUUCUCCAGCAGGGGGCACUGUGUAUUCAGACAGCCUGGCGAGGAUACAGAGAGCGCCGCAAUUUCUUGCUGUGGAGAGAAGCAGCUUUGGUCAUCCAGAGGAGCUGGCGGCUAUACUGCUAUCGACGGGGGCAGGCAGCUCGUACAAUCCAGGCUGCCUGGCGUAGCCAUAAGGCCAGGGAGGGCUAUCAUCAGCAACGCAGAAGAGUAGUCCUUCUGCAAGCAGCAAGCAGAGGCUACUUGGCAAGACAGAGGUUAAGACAGCUGAGAGAGCAGAAGCUGAAAGAUUCUUUGCUGGUGAAUGGACAGACCAGCCCAUCUCCAGAAGAGGGGAAGUUGACGAUCAUGGGGCUGGACCUAAGCACCUGGGAAGACAGCUCAUAUGAGGAGAGGGAGAAGACCCAGGAGCUCCUCAGCAGUCAAGUGGAGGGCUCCCAGGAGGAGGUGCACAAGGAAGUCACAGAGGAGGUGCAAGAGGGCACCAGAGAUGUGAGGAGUGAGGAGGCAACAGCAAGACCAAUACCUCAGGUGGUGGUCAGAGAGAGGACACGGACGCUGGAUGACUCUAAUCAGAAAACAAGAGCUAAAAGGGAGAGCCGGCGAAUGCGAGAGCUGGAGCAGGCCAAGUUCAGCCUGGAGCUUCUGAAAGUACGCUCCACAAGUGGGGUGGCUACAUCUGAUGAGAGGCGUUGGUCAAUGGAGCUGAUGAGUGAGAGUGCACAUUCCCCUCAGGGUACACCCGACAGCCAGAGCUCAAAAGGCAGUUUUGAGCUGCUUAGUGUGGAAGACUACCCAAAGGACAAGCCAGUUACUGCUGAGGCUGAAGAGAUCAGCUCUCUCUCCUCAGGCCAAGACCAACAAGAAUUCUUUUCAAGCAGUCCUAAAUCCACUCAUCCUUUGGAGCCUGUGCCACAAGGUGUACUUUCUAGCAGUCCCAAAGUAGAAACAGCCAGUCAUCCUUCAACACCCAAAUUGGAAAACUCCCUCCCAACUUUCUAUGUCCCUCCAGUUGAGAGCAUCUCUACGGUGCAAAAGCCUAGUGAGGACUCUGAGAGUCCCAGUAAACCUGUGAAGGAAAGGAGAGAGUCUUCACGCAGACCCUUGGUCGUGGUCAUCAGCAUGCAGAAGGAGACUGUGCUGGAUGAAGCUGAAAUGAAGCACCUAGAGGUUCGAGACAGCGCUGCCCAGACCAGUGAGCCAGUCAGUCCAGCGCAGCCAGACAGCAGCAGCAUGGCUUUGCUGGAGAAGCUAGAAAAGAUGAAUGAGGAGAAAGAAGAACGGCAGAAAUACCAGCAACAACAGAAUGAGAAGCAGAUGAUGGAGCAGAUUCGGCAGCAGAAAGAGAUAUUGGAGAAGCAGCGUAAGUAUUUUGAGCUGCACGAGAGGGAGAUGUUUGAGAAGCAGAGAGAGGAGGCACUCCAGAGGAUUGAACAGAGCAGACAAGAGGGAUCUGGAGGAAGAACAGACAAGCCCAGUUUUGGCUUCAUGGACAGAGGCCCUGCUCCAAUAGCACAGCCAGAAUCAGAGUUUAUCUCACAAACAGAGGUUCAAGGUAAAGAGCCGACUCCCUUUGACAUGACCAGAGACAUGUCCAAAGAUCGACGGAAUGUGCCAGAAGGUUGGGCACCAAAACUGACUCUGGAGACCCGAGAGGGUGCUAGCAGAGCGAGGCCGCACAAGAAACCCCCUACUCAGAGCGUCAAUAUAAACAUGAUGGAAAGGCCAGGAAACAUGUUCUUUUCUCCCAAGGAGAAGACCACCUUUUCAAAGUUUGAAAAGGACCUUAUCGAUCAAGGGAAGUCAACAACGGUCCAAAAGGAAGGUGGUUCCUCAAGUUCUAAACCCUCAAAAGGGUUCAAGGGGCGUGAGGUUGGCAGACCAGGCCAUAAAAAGAAAGCCCGUAUGGCGCGGACGCGCUCUGACUUCCUGACUCGCAGUUCAAACACCCCUGGGGAGGGGGAGUCAGAGGAGGAAUAUGAUGAAACCCCUCUGUCUCCUUGCCCUCCCCUCCUCAAGCAGGACUCUGAAGGGGGGCCACUAGAGGCCUGUCACAGUGACUCCGAAAUGUUUACAACACAAUCUGAAGAGCCACUGAAGAGAAUGCACAAAACCGUGUCAUCUGGAGAUCUGGGAAAAAAUGACCCUCUACGGAAAAAUGCUCAAGGAGAUGGAAGGGUUCGUGGGAAGAUGCGGUUCUGGGGUAAGACAAAACAGGGUGAGAAGAAGCCGUCCAGAGAAAAGCUAGUCUGUGGCAGUGACACUAUGGAGGGUGAAUAUGCUGACACAGCUUUGCUCAUGAGUGAAGCAGGAGAGCACAUGUCUCCACCUCGCAGUCCAGACCUAACAACUGAACGAGGCCGGGAGUCCAAAGAGAACAAGGAGCCAUCUCCUAAAGUCAAACGUCGGCGCAGUGUGAAGAUUAGCAACGUGGCACUAGAGCCCGCCCAGUGGCAGAAUGAUGCAUUGCAGAUUUUAACUUGUGCAAAUGACUAUAGGAGCAUGAACGAAUUCCUCAUGAAGAAGAUCAAUGACCUUGACACAGAAGACAGUAAAAAAGACACAAUGGUGGACGUUGUUUUCAAAAAGGCACUUAAGGAAUUCCGCUUGAACAUUUUUAAUUCCUACUCCACAGCCCUAGCAAUGGAUGAUGGGAAGAGUAUUCGCUAUAAGGACUUGUAUGCUCUGUUUGAACACAUCCUGGAGAAGACCAUGCGUCAGGAGCAGAGAGACUGGAGUGAGUCGCCUGUUAAAGUGUGGGUCAACACCUUUAAAGUUUUCCUGGAUGAGUUCAUGACUGAGUACAAGCCACUGGAUAGCAGUAUGGGCAAGGUACCCAAACCAGACCGCAAAAAAAGGAGGAAAAAAGACACUGAUAUUGUGGAGGAACACAACGGACACAUCUUUAAGUCCACCCAGUACAGUAUUCCCACCUACUGCGAGUACUGCUCCUCCCUCAUCUGGAUGAUGGACAGGGCCUGUGUCUGCAAAUUGUGCCGGUACGCCUGCCACAGAAAGUGCUGCCUGAAGACAACCAACAAAUGUAGUAAAAAGUAUGAUCCAGAAUUGUCAUCAAGACAGUUUGGCGUGGAAGUGUCUCGCUUGACCAACGAUGAGCGAUCAGUGCCUCUAGUGGUAGAGAAACUCAUCAACUACAUUGAGAUGCAUGGCCUCUACACUGAAGGCAUUUACAGAAAGUCCGGCUCCACUAAUAAAAUCAAGGAGCUGAGGCAGGGUCUGGACACAGAUGUAAAUAGUAUGAAUCUGGACGAUUAUAAUAUCCACGUCAUUGCAAGUGUAUUCAAACAGUGGUUACGAGAUUUGCCUAAUCCACUCAUGACCUUUGAACUGUAUGAAGAAUUCCUCCGAGCCAUGGGCCUGCAGGACAAAAAGGAGGUGGUCAGAGGAGUGUAUUCUGUGAUUGACCAGCUCAGCAGAACACAUCUGAACACUCUGGAGCGGCUCAUCUUCCAUCUGGUCAGGAUUGCUCUGCAGGAAGACACCAACCGCAUGUCUGCUAAUGCCCUGGCCAUUGUCUUUGCCCCCUGUAUCCUGCGCUGCCCAGACACCAUUGACCCAUUACAGAGUGUUCAGGAUAUAGGAAAGACUACAGCGUGUGUAGAGCUCAUCAUUUGUGAGCAAAUGAACAAAUACAAGGCCAGGCUAAAGGACAUUAACAGUCUGGAGUUCGCUGAACACAAAGCCAGGAGCAGGCUAACGCUAAUCCGCAGGUCUAUGAAGCCUGUAGUAAUCGCAGUUAGAUUUAUGAGCCUUACCCGCAGUGCAGCAGUGUCGACAGCAUCUAGGAAGGGUAAAGGGCGAGUGCACAGGGUCAGCUAUCACACGCCGUCUCCUCCAGUGAGUCCACGUUCGGCCUCCGCUCCAGAGGUGCUGGAGGAGAGUGGAGAGGAGGAGUCAGGCAGAGAGCCUGAGGUCUCAGAACAGCAGCAGGCUGCCAUGCAGCAGGAGGAGAGAGUGCUGACUGAACAGAUCGAGAGCUUGCAGAAGGAGAAGGAAGAGUUGACGUUUGAGAUGCUGGCUCUGGAGCCACGAGCAUCUGAUGAUGAGACGCUGGAGUCUGAAGCUUCCAUUGGCACAGCCGACAGCUCCGAAAACCUGAACGUGGACUCUGAGGGAGCUACCUCUGACUUCUCUGAGAGAGGCCCAGCGCUGGCCGCCACCCGGCCCAAGAAGUCUGAGGGUAAGAGCAAGCGGACCUUACGGAGGCAGCCUGACUCUCUAGACUCAAUAGACUCAACCUCUACAGUCUCCUCUGUCUCAUCCUCCUACCUGCAACCGUCAGUGGCUCCCCGCCGCUUCCGAUUCCGCUCCAAGUCGCCUUCGUCGGGUCUCUUCCGAUCCAGCCCGCCCAACGACAGCUUGGACAUGCCUGACCAGGAGGGGGAAGAGAAGCCACAGUACACUAGCCAUGGUACAUUCAACCCUGAGAAGGGCAGACAGAGGCUGCGAGGUGCCAAGAACUCUCCACAGAGAUCCCGCGAGCCCCCAGAAGGUGGCGGCCAUAAGAGGGAGCCGGACUUACCUCCACAGCCACUGGUGGUGUAUGGCAGCAAUGAGUUCAUGGUAUGA